GACCAGUGAGUUUUGAGAGAGAGAGAGAGAGAGAGAGAUUACUUGUGUGGCCACUCUAGUCCAGAGACAGAAGAACACCAACCCAAAUAAUUCUUCUGUAAAUUCUUCUCUCCCAUCAGUACUACGAACUCUGCUUACCAUACUUGGAUACAUCUAUGAUCUGAGAAACCUUCUCCCCUACAUUCUCUUGUAUGAUAAUGCCAGCAAUAUAGCAGCAACCCCCCACCCCCUCCAUAGUCCACACACCCAUUCAGCGAAUUUUGAUUCUUCUUCCAUCUGCAGCGACAUCUACUUUCCCUUCCAUCAUGUCUACCAAAUCCAAAUCUACUUCCUCUGAAACUGCCAACAACAACAAAGCAUCACCAGCAACUCCGAGGGUCAGCAAACUGAGCAGGGGAGUGAUUAAAUCUGAGACUGAUUCACCCUCUCCACUGCAGAACCCACGCCUCUCAGUGGAUCGGUCACCUAGAUCUGUUGCUUCGAAACCUACGGUAGAUAGAAGGUCCCCAAAGCUCAGCACCCCGUCUGAUAAACAACCGACGCGGGUGUUGAAGGGCUCAGAAUUACAGACUCAACUGAACCUUGCUCAGGAAGAUCUUAAAAAGGCAAAGGAAAAGUUAGUUUCCGCUGAGAAAGAGAAAGCGCAAGCACUUGAUGAAUUGAAAGAGGCCCAUAGAUUGGCCGAAGAAGCAAAUGCAAACCUCCGGGAGGCUUUGGUGGCUCAAAAGCGAGCGGAAGAGAAUUCUGAGAUUGAGAAGUUCCGGGCUGUUGAGAUGGAACAGGCAGGCAUUGAGGCGACUCAAAAGAAGGAAGAGGAGUGGCAGAAAGAGCUUGAUGCUGUGAGGAAUCAACACGCUGUGGAUGUGGCUGCCCUUCUUUCCGCCACUCAGGAGGUCCAAAGGGUGAAGCAAGAACUGGCCAUGACCAGCGAUGCCAAAAACCAAGCGCUUAGCCAUGCUGAUGAUGCAACUAAAAUUGCUGAGAUUCAUGCUGAGAAAGUGGGGAUUCUUUCAGAUGAGGUGGUCCGCUUGAAGGGCUUGCUCGAUUCCAGGCUUGCAACAGAGGCUAAUGAGCACAAAUUGGUGGCAGAGCUAAAAUCAGAGGUAGAGACUUUAAAGCAAGAACAUGAUAAAGCAAAAGGUUUCCAGGAGAAGGUGCUGGAACAAGAAGUUUCUUUGGACCAACUUAAUGUUGAGUUGGAGGCUGCAAAAAUGGCUGAAUCUUAUUCCCAUAAUUUAGUUGAAGAGUGGAAAAAGAGAGUUGAGGAAUUAGAGGUUCAGGUUGAGGAAGCAAAUCGGUUGGAGAGAUCUGCAUCAGAAUCCUUAGAAUCAGUCAUGAAACAGCUAGAGGCAAGCAAUGAUUUGUUGCAUGAUGCAGAAUCUGAGAUUGCUUCUCUUAAAGAGAACAUGGGAUUAUUGGAAAUCUCUACUGGAAGGCAGAGAGAGGAUCUUGAGGGAUCAGAACGUCGUUUGGAUGCUGCCAAGAAAGAAGCUUCUGAAAUAGCAAAAAAGGUCGAAUCGCUUAAGUCUGAGCUUGAAACUGUGAAAGAGGAAAAAACCCAAGCCUUGAACAAUGAGAAGCUCGCAGCUGCCAGUGUUCAAACACUAUUGGAAGAGAAAAACAAACUCAUAAAUGAGUUAGAGAAUUCAAGGGAUGAAGAAGAGAGAAGCAAGAAGGCAAUGGAAAGUUUGGCUUCGGCCUUGCAUGAAGUUUCUUCAGAAGCGAGAGAAGCCAAAGAAAAGCUAUUGUCUGGUCAAGCUGAGCAUGAAAACUAUGAAACCCAAAUAGAAUAUCUGAAGCUUGUUUUAAAAGAGACUAACGAAAAGUAUGAAAGUAUGCUUGCUGAUGCUAAGCAUGAGACUGAUAUUCUUACUUAUUCGAUCGAACAAUGUAAGCAUGACUUCCAGAAUUCCAAAGUUGAGUGGGAGCAGAAGGAACUUCAUUUGAUUAAUUGUGUUAAAAAAUAUGAAGAAGAGAACUAUUCUUCUAAAAAAGAAACCAGUAGGCUGGCAAAUUUGCUUAAAGAGGCUGAGGAAGAAGCUGCUGCCACAAAAAAGGAAGCUGCUCAGGUGAAGAAUACCUUGAAGGAAGCUGAAUCUGAGGUGAUUUAUCUAAAGGAAGUUCUUGGGGAAGCAAAGGCUGAGAGCAUGAGGUUGAAGGAGAGUUUAUUGGACAGAGGAAAUGAAUUGCAGAGUAUUAUUCAGGAGAAUGAGGAGCUUCGAGCUAGGGAAGCUGCUUCUCUCAAGAAGGUUGACGAGUUGUCUAAGUUGCUUGAAGAAGCUAUGACCAAAAAACAAGCUGAUGAAAAUGAUGAGCUUACAGACAGUGAAAAAGAUUAUGAUAUGUUACCAAAGGUGGUAGAAUUCUCUGAACAGAAUGGGGAUGGGAGAGCAGAAAAUCCUAAAAUGGAGCUCUCACCUCAACAAUGUGAGCAACCUGUCAAAGUGGCAGAGGACAAGAUCUUGCAUAAUGAGGCAGUUAAGACCGGUACCGAAGUCGAGACUUUGAAUGGUAACCCAAAAGAGGAUGACAACAAAGAAAAGGAAGAUGAUGAUUCGGUAGAGGUUGAAUUUAAGAUGUGGGAGAGCUGCAAGAUAGAAGAGAAAGACUUUUCAACUGAGAGAGAACUAGAGCAGGAAUCCUUUGAGGAGGAACUGGACUCAAAGGCAGCAGCUGGUGAGAGCUAUGACCAGAUAAAUGGGUUAUCUUCAACAGAAAACCUCGACAAUGGUGGAAGUUCACCAACUAAAGAGCAAAAUCAAAAGAAGAAGAAACCUUUGCUUCGUAAGUUUGGAAGCUUACUUAAAAAAAAGGGCACUAGCAACCAGAAGUAAUAGUCUAGUUGUUGCUUGGCUUGUGCCUUUCCAGUAGGGAGGUACAUUGGAUUCUAUCUUGCACCCGAGUGUAUUUGAGUUUAUGCUUUUUGCUUCCUUUUUUUUCAGAGUAGGGGAUGAUGUUAAGGGGUCUACCGUCUAGAAUUUUUUAUUUUUAUAUUUUCUUGAUGUUGUUCCCCUUGAUGGGAAUAUCUUAUGUGCAAUUGAGAUUUCUUUUCUUUUUCAGUUGUUUUCGAAUCUCUUCUCAUCAAAUUUCAUGGAAAGGAGUGAUAGCUUAAAAAUGUAUUUUAAUGCCCUUUCGUCUAUUUGUCAUGGAUAAAUCAUUGUGUAUAGUAACACAUUCAGUUAUGUAGAAGCGCUAUGGAAUUUACACUGUUUAUUUCCUGGUGGUGUUUCAUGAGAAGAUUAUUGCUGUAUCAGGAUAUUUAUUGAUACUGAAGUGAAUUCUCU